AUGCCAGCUGCCAUCAAAGCCGAAGACAUCAAGACGGCCCCCUUCGACCCCCGCUUCCCCAACACCAACCAAACGCGUUACUGCUACCAGAGCUACGUCGACUACCACCGUUGCCAGAAAGUGAGGGGCGCCGAUUACGCCCCUUGCGAGUACUUCUCCAAGGUGUUCCAUUCCGUGUGCCCCAAUGGGUGGGUCGAGAAGUGGGACGGCCAGAGAGAAGAAGGAACAUUCCCUGGAAACAUUUAA